AUGGUUUACUACGCUUAUGCCAAAUACAUAUCUGCGGAUAAACGAUACUACCGGUACAUUCUUGCUGCGCCUGAUGCUGGAACCAUUGACGAGUGGUGGCGUGAGGCAUCCUCCAACGCCAAUAAUAGCCUCGUGCGUCUAGCACCCGAUUUCUACACAUGGAGUGGCGGUGCGAACGUUUGGGACCUUGCCCCUAAAAUCGCGGACAAGAUUAUUAUCUCGCUUGUGAGCAACCAGGACUCGCUCGACACCUCAAACCUUGAUACUUUCCACCAACCUGAGCGAGCUGAUGUUGUCAGCGGCAAUUCCUUCUACAUCCGCUCCAAGUCCAACCCAGAGCUAUACUGGCUCGCCAAGAAUGACCAGAUCUGGGCCACUAAUCAAGGACGCACUCGGUUCAUCUUCCGCAUUGAUGGAGAUCAUGGCAACAAUAACAAGAAUGUUAUCAUUGCAAGUGACGAGAUUUCUAUCGUGCCAGUCGGUGGUGAGAGUAAGCAGAAGUAUGUUGCUGUAAGUGACGACAGUGAGCUUGUUCUCAGUGGUCACAGCUGCCGCAUGUACUACGGUGACCUGAAGAGGAACUUUCUCGCUCAAGGAGAAACUGGAAGCUCGGGCAGUGCCUUGAUUGCCAAGGUUGAAGGCCAUGGCGAGGAGUGGGAGCUUAUCCAGUAG